GUUAUAUCCGCUCGUCAUCGCCCGCGUGUGGUGUACUAAUAAUCUCCCUCCACAGUCAAACACCCUUUCUUGCUCCUCAACCUCUAUUUUUAUUUUAAUCAUCCUCUUUCGAAUCCCUGCACCCAGUUUGAUCAAGGCAGUCAUGAGUACUUGUAUGGAGAACACAGACUGGGACUUCCUCUUGCAGUUCGUCUCAGAGCCUUUGGAGAUGGAAUUUUCUGAUGUGCCUGAAAGGCCCGUCGCAGAACGUACACGUUCGGCGGUACCUGUGCAGGUACCAACACCCCCCGACUCAUUCACCUCGUCACCGGUUGACCCACCAGCAGAGGAAGACACCCUUGUUUCUGUGUCCACGACAUUCUUUCCCGGAGCACAUAUCCACUCAUAUCCACCAGAUGUCGUGCUGCUGUCAUCCGACUCUAUAUUCUUUUACGUCCACACGCGCGCGCUGCUUCGAGUCUCUGAAAAUAACUUUGGCGGUUUGCUACCACUGUCGCCCAAACCGACCAACGGCCAACUAGGUCCAGUCUUGGCCGUCCCGGGAUCUUCUACCGUUCUCAAUAUCGUACUUCACGCCAUGUACGACAUGCCAUGUUCCCACUAUUCUCCUUCAUUCGACUCCCUCGCAACCGCAUUGUCAGCGCUAACAGAUUAUGGCGUUUCUCUCAAGCGCCAUGUUAGCUCUUCUUCUGCCCUGCACUCCCUGCUUCUCUCGUAUGCACCACUUUGCCCCUUGGAACUCUAUACGUUGGCUGCUUCACACGACCUCUAUGACCUCGCUGUCCCAACUUCAUCUCAUUUGCUCUCCUUCUCCCUCGCAUCCCUGACAGAUGAGAUGGCGGACAGAAUUGGCGCAAUAUAUUUGAAACGAUUAUUUUUUCUCCACUUUGGCCGCGCAGAUGCUUUGAAACGUCUCCUCCUACCACCACCCCAUCCACAUGCCGCCACUAAUGACUGUGACUUCACCGAGCAAAAAAGGCUCACAAGAGCUUGGGCUCUUGCAUCUGCAUAUCUCGCUUGGGAUGCCAGACCAGACUUGUCCACAAACGCAAUUGAGUCUGCCUUGGCACCUCUAGGUGAUCAGCUGUCAUGCGAGCACUGUAGAAAGGCACUUCGAGACCGGCUGAAGACGUUGAUUAUACAAUGGUCGGCAGUCAAGAGGACUAUCUAACUCGUAAAACAACAUCAUUCGGAAGAAAUAUCUCACACUCUGGACGAACAUACCCCAGGAAAAGCGCGCAUGUGCUUCUUCAGCUCUCAUUCUUUCAAUCGACUGUAUCACUCAUCCCUUUCUUCUUUUUCACUGCAUUCAUCGUGUAACAUUGCUCGCUUUUUGUAACAUCAGUUGGGAAUGUUCAGUGAACACUGCCGCCAAGUCCGUCAUACACGACCUGUACUCAGUACUCAUUAGCAGCUACUCCUUCCGUAAAUAGUAUCCCAGUCUGUAACGCUUACGAUUUCACACCUUUGUACUGUCCACACACGCAUAGCAU